AUGGUGCCUAUCGUUUUUGGAACUUGCCGUGUUGGUCAGAUCCAGAAAGCCUUACCUGAGAGGCUGCGAAGUAAAUACGCUGUUGCUUUGAAUGACGCUGGAAGAGUGGAUACAUGGGAGCCUGUUUUUGCUGGUCGGGGAUCUCAUAUUUCUGUUAAAAAGCAGUCACGCGGCACGAAGCUCCGUCUGGUUCAGCUCAUUGACGGCUUCGAUAGUGAUAGAGUGUGGCGGGAACUAAAGGAGGGCUCGUUUGGCACGUGGAUGUCUAGAAUUGACGGUUGUUACUACCAACCGAUCACCACGAUAGCAUAUGAUGAUGGUAAGUUAGAUUCCGAAUCUAAGAUUCGCUUCUAUAUCAUCAUAACGGAUUAG